AUGAUUACGGGGUACUCUGAUCUUGAUAUUCUCGAGAUGGUUUCGAAAUGGGGAGAGUUGGAUGCUAAUUUGGUGCAGCGAGGCUGUUUUUUAGUAUGGAAUAUUUGGUUUGAACGCAACAAAUUCGUUUUCGAUAACAAAUGCGUGCCCCUUGAAGUCUUGGUGCAGCGUGUCCUACGCCAAGUUGACGACCACAAUCUCUAUACCCAGCGUAUAUAUGCUGGUUCGAAGCGGCAGGGGGUUCUCAGUGCCGAGAAGUGGCUGGCGCCAGUGAACGGUAUCGUCAAAAUCAAUACCGAUGCGUCUCUCUGCGAGGAAGGUCAAGUGGGUCUAGGUGCCAUAGCAAGGGAUAAUGUGGGGCGAGUCUUAUUUGCUGUAGUGAGAAGACAAAGAGCAUGGUGGCCGCCUGAUGUCGCGGAAGCUAAGGCUAUUCACUUGGCCAUGAUUUGGGCGAGGAAGCAGGGGUUCAGAGAAGUGAUCAUUGAAUCAGAUGCACAGGUUAUUGUCACUCGCCUAUCAAAGUCUGCUAUCUUUUUUUCGGACUUGGAUGCAAUACUAGGGGAUAUCAUCUCUCUUUGUACUGAUUUUCAUGCUAUUAGCUUUUCUCAUGUCAAAAGGGGUGGGAAUUAUGCUGCCCACCACCUUGCAAAAAUAGUGCCUUUUGGAAACGAGCAAUGCUGGAUUAAUCACUGUCCCAGUACUGUCUCACCAUAUGUACUCAUGGACACUCUGUCCCUUGAUUAA